AUGGGUUUGAUUUUCCAUGUAGUGGUCCUCAUCGCUGAGGGUAUCUCGUUGGCGUUUCUAGGUUUUUCUCUUUUGGUAGGUAUUCAGGCGCUCACUGGUCUCGCGGAGGAGUUCCCAACUUCGUCCAAGCGACUGUUACGGGCGCUGGCACUGCUCGUGUUGCUUCUGCAAGUGCUACUCCUUGCGAUCGACGGCCUUCCUCCUGUGCCAGUGGCGGUUGGCUGCCUCGCGCACUACACCUACUAUUUAUGGACUUGGAAGGACAACUUUGUUCGUGUGCGCGUGCGGCAGCUCCUGUUGAUCAGCACUGUUGUACUGUUUCUCGUGUCCAACGUAGUGUGGGCGCAAACGUUAUGGCACUUUUACGACCCGUGGAUAUACAGCCAUCGUAUGACAAGCGAUGUGGCAAGUUGGCGCGAGGGUUUGCUGGCGCGGAACACGUUUACUGCCGCACACAUCAUGUUUAUUUGCGUCUGGCUCUUGCCACUAAGUCUGCUCCUGGUCUUUGGAAGCAGAGAGCGCGAUGCAGAAAAUAGUUUUGCACGCGACCAAUCAUGA